GCCUACUUAUGAUAAUGCAACUAUUGUCCAUCCCCAAAACGCAAUUUCUUACGAGUUUUUGCGAAAUUUGCUCAAAAUUGCCCCCGGAUUUGACAUCGCGCACCUGUCGGGCUAAACUGCCGAUCAGUCAAACGCAGGUCUGCACACCCAUUAACCUGCCCUUAAACAAGGAGGCAACAUGAGUGCAGCCGCGCUAUCAGCGCACCGACAAUCGUCGGAACCGUACUCUACGCAGUCCCGCAUUUCGCGGGACGAGCGAUGCCGCAACCUCAUUUUUGGAUGCGGCCGCCCAACCGGGGUUGACACAAUCCGCGGGCGUGCCAAGCAUCAGCUGCCCUGCGAGCCCUAGCUGCUCGCAGCCUAAAACGGGCGGCGGAAGUAGCGUUCCGCCAUACGCCUGACCAUUCGGGUUAUCGCCGCAACGCCGACCACGAGUAGGCGCGUGUCUAAACACGUCAACUCGCAUCCGAGGCUUUCUGGCCUCCGCGCGGCCGCGACGGCAGACCGGGCCAAAACCAGGCCGAAAAAUCCACCAAUGCCAACCAAGCUUGGCCAUGAAAACGAGGAGCGAAGUAUGAGAGAGAUUAUGAGGUCCAAAAUCCACCGCUGUUGGGUAACCAGCGCCAAUCUGGGAUACGUGGGCAGCAUCCUCAUUGACCGUGAUCUCAUGGAACAGACGGACAUCGUCGCGUUCGAGAAGGUCCAGGUGCUGAACAUCAACAACGGCGCCCGCUGGGAAACCUACGCCCUGCCGGCCGAGCGCGGCAGCGGAACCAUCGCCGUUCAGGGCGCGGCCGCUCGCCUGUGCCAGGAACGCGACUGCCUCAUCAUCCUCGCUUUUGAGGUCACCGACGAGCCAGUGGACCCGCGAAUGGUACUCGUCGACGAGAACAACAAAUUCCUGGAGUGGAUCGAAGGUUCAAUGUAUGCCGAACCCCAGCCCGAGCCGGUCGCGCUUUUCUGA